AUGAUUAGUUUUAAAUUACUAGCAUAUUUUUGUUUCAUUGGAUUAGCGUUGUCCGAUUAUACUACUAACAUUCAGCUUGCUAUGAUUAAAAGUGGCACCAGCGAACCAAUCUUGUUAGGAAUUACGGAAUACAGUGACGGGUGCUACUUGGUGCCUGACCCAGAUUCCCAAUUGACAUUUUACUAUGAUAAUGUUGCAGAUAAUUUAUACACUCAAGGGGGUUUAGUUCUUAAUUCAGAUGGAGAUGACGAUAGUUUAAUUUUUCAAUCCGUUGCACUUAAUGGAGGGGAUUUCUUCUUUUUUCAAGAAGGAGAUGUUAAUCAGUUAGCUUAUACAGAAGUUGCAGUUUAUUAUCUUGUAACAACAGACAUUGGAACUGUCAUAUCAGUCGAUGACGACACAGGUAUCCCAGUAAUAAUAAUCCAGGUGACAAGCAAUGGUUCCCUGUCAAGUUCUUCUUUACGCAGUUCUUCGUCUGACAAUGCAUCUUCCUCCGAUUCUGAAACAACAUCGUCUACUUCCCUUGAUUGUGAGUCAACAGACUCCUCAUAUUAUAAUACAUAUGUGUCAUUUUUUUUACAAGUGGCUUCAAGUCUGAAUUAUAUAUAUUUUGAAUUAAACUCACCUGCAGAAAGAAUUGUGAUGUUUACUCUUGAUUCAGAAGGAACUUUGCUAUACGACAAUAGUGCGAGUAUACCUCCUGGAAAUGCUGGUACAGUGUUUGAUCUCCUUUCACAAGAUGAUCUAGAGAAUACCCAAUUUUCAAUUGUUAGUGCGGAAGGCAGUUUGUAUUUGCAAUAUGCCGGUAGUAUCACAUUCUUUUAUUGUAUCACAACAGGUACGAUUGGGUUAACCAACUCUGCUGAAUGUCCUGCAGCGAAUAUUUUAGUUAUUGAUCCGGUUUAUGCAACCUCUUACGAUGGGCCAAACUAUUGUUCCCUGACAUCUUCACCUUCAUCGUCUUACUCGCCUUCAUCGUCUUACUCGCCUUCAUCGUCUUACUCGCCUUCAUCGUCUUACUCGCCUUCAUCAUCUUACUCGCCUUCAUCGUCUUACUCGCCUUCAUCAUCUUACUCGCCUUCAUCAUCUUACUCGCCUUCAUCGUCUUACUCGCCUUCAUCAUCUUACUCGCCUUCGUCAUCUUACUCGCCUUCAUCAUCUUACUCGCCUUCAUCAUCUUACUCGCCUUCAUCAUCCUAUUCAUCGUCGACUUCAAGUCAUGUGGAUUCUCACUUGUAUUCCUCAUCGUCAGAAGUAUCUAGUUUUUUUAAUUCAUCAAGCUCAGCUUCAAGUUCUUCAGCGACUUAUUCUGCAUCUGUGUCAUCAUACACUUCCUCAAGCAUAACAUAUAGCUCCAGUUCGUUGUAUCCAUCCCCCGAAACUUCUCCGAGCAGUUCACCUGCUGUUUCAUCAUCUGAAUCAGUGUUCACUUCCGAAUCGACUGAGUAUUCAAGUUCAUAUUCUUCUUCUUAUAGUACUUUAAGUAUCAGUGAAUCUGAAUCCUCUAGUUCGUUAAUAUCAUCUUCCUACCAUCCAUCGCUGUUUUCAUUCCACUACUAUCCUAAUUCAACAAGUUUGUCUUUCCUGUCCAGUGCUUCACUUACGUCAUUAAGUUCAUUCCCGUCUGCUCCAUUGUCUUCUGCAUCUGAAACAACCAGUAGCACUGGAAGCUCUAGCUCAAACUCUGAGUCACUCACUCAAUCUAGUAUAAGUUCAGUUUACACUGGGUCGUCAUACCUUUUGACUUCUUCAUCCUCAGCUAGCUCGGGUGCACCAACUCUCAAUUCGGGAUCUUCAUCAUCGCCUCAAACUUCAGAGAACUCUUCUAGUGUUGAGGUGUCCAGUGGUAUCUCCACGGGAUUGACUUCGUUUGUACCAACCUCUCUGGUUCCAUCUUUAUCUUCAUCUGAAUCUCCUAGUCAAACUACUUUUACUUUCCAGAUCACUGCCGUUGCCAAUCCUCCAAUUGAUUAUAGAGAGGAUGUGUCUUGGAACGGAAGCGCAAUAACGCUCCAGGACAACGAUGGUCCAUUAUUUGAGUUAGCACUUCCAGGAGGAUUUAUCACUUUAGCUGGUUUAUUCCUUCAGGCUGAUGAAUCCACUGGUCUCUUCUUAGGCAACGCUCCAUUGGGCGGAUGGCUGUUUGUUGGUGAUCCUAUUUUAUCUUUGGAAGAUUUCGGUACGGAAUUCUACAUCUGUCCCGAACAGGCUGUUCCAUUGCAACUUUCGCUGAUGGCCACAGAUUGUUUUGUUGGUGAGUUGCAUAUAUUUGAGGCUGCUCCGACAUCUACUUCCACAACUUCUCCUAACUCCGAGCCAUUAUCAGGUUCGAGUGCUACAUCUGGUGCACCUAAUAACAAUAUUUCUAAUACAACUGGUUCACAAACUUCUGGUGUUGGGUCUACCAUAACCACUACUUAUACCUCCAAUGAGAUUAUCACUAUAACUCAGUGCCCUGCCACCGUUACCAACUGUCCUUUAAACUCAAUCAAAAUCAUCACCAUACCAUAUACUAUUACAACUACAUAUUGUCCUGAAUCUGGUGUAACUCAGCCAACUUUCACUUCUACCUAUACCUCGGCUGUUGCAGUAGUGGAAGGAACAGUAACAAAGGAAGUUAUCCGUACUUUUACCACAACUUACUGUCCAGAGUCAGGUAAGCCUGUGGAAUCAACAACUACAUCCUUAGAGACACAAGUUAUUGGUGAACUGACAAUUAUUGUGACACAUGUGAUAACACAAACUAUUAGUAAUUUAGUUCCAACAUCUUACACAACGUAUGAAGUCUUCGAAGUAACUGUUUCAAAUGGUGGCACCAAUUCUAUUGCUACAAUAACAGUUCCACGUAUUAUUAGUACUGAUAGUUUAGAAGCAGUAAGUACAGGUAAUUAUUCCCCUAUAACCUCAUCUUCUCCUUCAACAGCUGUUCCACGUAUUGUUAGUGCUGAUAGUUUAGAAUCAGUAAGUACUUCUAAUUAUUCUCCUAUAACCUCAUCUUCUCCCUCAACUGCUUUCACUUUUACAACCUUUAAUGGUGCGUACAGACUUAUUGGGUCCUUAAGUUCUGUACUUAUUUCUUUCAUUUUAUAUUUGUUCUAA